AUAACUUUCUUGCGGGUUUCACACAUUAGCGUUCGUUUCCAACUUUUGCCCAGGUUUUGGAAGAUGUGUGGAAAGAAAAAUCAAAGUAAUUUAACCUGAAGACUUAUUUUUAGCUGUGAGAUACGUAGAGUGGCUGUAAAUCUUUCUUGAAGCAGUCAACAGAGAGGUCAAAAGAAGCCUAUUUUCAUCUACGCGCUCUGGAACCACUGUGGCGUGACAGAUGAUUCAUUGUACGUUUGCCCACAGAUUAGGGAUUUCUUGAUGGGGAUCGGAAUUUGCCAUGCCACUGCCAAAGAAAAUUCCACUAGGUGGAAAAUCCAAAAGUAAAGAUGAAGGUCGUGUUUUUGCAAACCGUUAUCGCGUAGAGAAGCGCCUUGGAAGCGGCAGCUUUGGAACUGUUUAUCUCGUGGAGGACGUGAGGGCUACGGCAGAAUGGAAGGUUUUGAAGGAGAUAUUUGUGGGGGAGCUACAGCCAGAUGAAACAGUAGAUGCCAUGAGAGAAGCUAGAUUGUUGUCCAAUCUAAAUCAUCCUAACAUUGUCAAGUUCUUGGAUAGUUUCAUGGAUGGAGAGUUCUUCUGCAUUGUUACAGAAUAUUGUGAGGGAGGUGAUCUUGAUGAUAAAAUUAAGGCUUGGCAGAAAGCUGGGAAGACAUUUGAUGAGUCAUUAAUUUUGGCAUGGUUUAUUCAACUGGUUCUAGCUGUCAAGUUUAUGCAUGAAAAGAAAAUUCUACACAGAGAUUUAAAGACAAGGAACAUUUUCCUUAAGAAAAACUUUAUAAAAUUAGGUGACUUUGGUAUUUCAAGAAUUUUAAUGGGUACAUCAGAUAUGGCUACAACGUUCACUGGAACACCAUACUAUAUGAGUCCUGAGGUUCUUAAACAUGAAGGAUACAAAUACAAAUCAGACAUAUGGUCUAUGGGUGUGGUGUUGUAUGAGCUAUGUAACCUGCAGCAUGCUUUCCAGGGUGAGAGUCUGAUGGGGGUGAUGUACAAAAUUGUUGAAGGGAACCCACCUAAAUUAUCUGGACUUUACAGUAAGGAAAUACAGACUGUAUAUGAGAGUAUGUUAGACAAGAACCCUGCUAAUCGACCAAGUGCAAGUGAAGUUCUCAGAAAUGAAUACAUUGCACAGCAUUUAUCAAAAUUAAAGCACCAAAUGAAUGACAAACUUGGACAUUCCAUACGAUCAUUUAACCUGGACAAUUCAACAAGAGCAAAUGAACAGCAAGGUAGAGGUCUGUAUGAAGAACCUGCAGGAAGACCGCUCACACCAAUGGACAAAAUGAAACUCAGGAAACAACAAAAAGCUGACGAGGAAGCUGAAAGACUAAAGAGAUUUACCGCCGCUCAGGUGGCUGAAAAUCAACAACGGUAUUCAUCGCACAAGAAAAAUCAGAGCCGAGUGUCUCUACCCUGGGUCGAGGAGCAUCCAGACGUAUUUAAUGACGCAGCCUUUACCAUAACAGCUACCGACUCACUGGACUUCACUCCCCCCACCUCACCCCAGACAGGAGUGCCGGUUAUGUCACGUGAAAAUAGAGACGAAAAGCAUUGUGUGGAAGAACUUGAACUUAGUGAAUGUGAGAGGCUGCUUGGAGCCGAGGCGUUUCGUCGAGUGUAUUCCUACCUCAAACAAGCGCGCUUUGAAGACGAACUCAGAAGUGAAGACUCCAUACUGGACGGGCUGGCUAAGAUUGUUGAUAAACCUAGAGAUUGCUUCAUAGUCGAUCAAUUGCUUUUUAUGGAGAAACAGGCGGAAAUUGCUUCAGUAAAUGACAUAGGGUGAAUUAGUUUAGUUUGAGGUAGCUUGUAAAUAUUUCUGUAAAUUGCAACUCGCUUUUUUCUUGCUUGCAGUCAAACGUUCCCCCUAUAUCACUUCUUUGUAAGGUGAAAUUCAAUUCAAUUUUUCAGUUCCGAAGAUAUUCAAGAGGCAUUUACGUGGUCAUGUAGAACAUUUUUUGUUUGUUUUUUUUUUUUGCAGUCACGAAUCAUAGUUCUUGAUUUUAAUGUAUUGAAUCGAAUUUUUCCAACGGAGAGGACGUGAGAGAAUGGAAAAAUGCUAAAGAUUUGCUAACAUUUCUGGCGUUUUUCCAAGCUGUAUCUGGUGUUAAACUAAAGUAGCUACAAUUUGGACUAGUUCAAACUCUUUUUCCAAAGUCGGGCGCGAGUUUCUCCCCUCUCAAUUCUCAGAACAGUUCGCAUACUUUUUUUAAUUUUACCUGCCAAGCAAGUGAUGAGCCGUUUUCCCCGUAUUUUUAGAUUGUUACUGUUUUCAUUGUAGUUCGACGUCGUCAACGCGAGUUAAUAUAUUUUCAAUAUUUUUUCAGAGCUGAAGUAGGAGCCAUCCCUUAUUUUAGUGUACCGAGAGUUCAGUUUUAGAUAAACUGCAUCAUUUUACAAUUAGUGUUUCGAGUGCUAGCAGCUUUUGUGUCUCUGUUACACGAAUCUCUUAUCCUCUUGUUCACGGUGAUUGGGCGUAAGCCAAGAUUUACGGUUCUGUUCCAUUUUGUUUGAUUUUAUAUUUACGAAAGGGUAUAAAAUUUCAAGGGGGUUUUAGAUCGAAUUUCGGGCUUAAAUUAUGAGCAGCGUACCUUUCUCCACAUCCCCAAAACCAAACUUUAAAUCAGCUUGCUUGGAACAUCUGGUCUCUUCUUCCGAAGACUUAAGGAGAAAGCCUAUUGACGGGUACGACAAGGGAGGAACAGAUAAAAGUCACGGAUAACUAUGACGAGAAAUUACCUUUCUGUCAUGUCUUUAAGCUUAAGGCUUGUAUAGGAAAUGGAAAUGUCAAGGUUUCUCUAUUAUUCCGGAUAUACGGUGUGACAUAGCAACUACACUUACCAGGUAUAAUUUGUUAUUAUCACCCCUAACACUUCAGCUUUCACGAGGGUUCGUGAGCUUGGCCAGACACAGGCGAUAUAAUAAAACAUGUAACCUUCA